AUGCUUCUGAUUUAUUCCCAGCAAUGCCCUACCGUGUAUUUAGGGCCUUGGUGCCCAGUUGAGGCCUUGUCCUUCCCUAUGGCUCCUAUCUCACCUGCGCCCCAGCACACGAGAGGACCCGGCCACCUGUGGCGAAGAACCAGAUGCCAUCCGCAGCCCGCGGGUGGUCCACCCUUCAGCUACUACUUCCUUAGUAACGACUGUUUAAUACCAGCUUAUAGCAGGCGAGUCACCGCUCCAACGGGCCGUCAAAUUUUACUUCUGUUACAUCAAGAACAGAAAAUUGCGAUCGCAGUGAAUGAGCCUGUUAGGAGUUUAGCCCUUAUAGUGAAUGACCCUUUCAGAAGUCGCCGAGGCCAGUUUCUUGGAAAGCUCGAGUUCAGUUGUCAAGUUGUCAUCAUGAAGAAACCUGCAAGCUGCUUGAAUAAAAGAGUAGUGCAGCCUGUCUUGAAGAAUGCAACAACUACGCACCUGUGCAGGCUUCCAGUGGUAUUUAUAACAGAGGGGAUCCAAUAUCCAGGUCAGAAGCAAAUAGAAAUACCCUCAGGUUCCAUGUGUAAGGGUGUUGGGUGUACCGUUGCAGGCAGGGAAUCUUUGCCAAUGGGAAGUGGUCGCAAAUUGGGUCUAGUCUAA